GUCACGAGCAAACCCACCAAGUGAUGUCUGAGAACUGAAAACCAACCACCAAAAGACCCAUAAAACAAAAACACCAUGACUGGCCUCUCAAUAACUACCAGGAACUUUGUACAACUUAAUUCUGCUGUGCCCUGCCUCCGCUAGCACUGGUCUCAGGACCUCCCAUUGGACAUGGGUUGGGCUGCCACCAGCCCUUUUAAACUCAAACCCCUCAGCAGCUUUGGCUGCUGCCCUGUGAAAAGGGAUAGGGGUCAGUAAAGUCCAGAGAGGAGAGGGGCUCUGCCUCAGGUCACAUAGGAAUUGGGCAAGGGCCGCAAUUGGAGAGUGAUCCCUGGGACCAAGGGAUCACUCCAUCCACAACAAGGGGUCCUUGCAGACCUGUGGCCUGCCCCUCAUUGUGGUCAGAAAGACACCCACCUCCCACCCUGGUCUGGGCCUGGCUCUAUCCCAGGCCUGAGCAUUGUAGGGGGUCGGGAGCAGCACAAUGGGUAGAUGGGGCUGCCAAUGACAGCACUGCUCUGUCCCUCCUGGCCCUGCCAUUCGGCACAGUCAGGGUUACAGCUGGGGCCCCUCCCAGUCUCCAGAGCCACUGUCCCUUAGCAACAAUCCUACCGGGCAGAACGCACUGCCAACACAGGACAAACCAGGCAGGAGCCAGUGAAGUGGCCAUCUGAGGACUCCAGGGCAGACAAGGCCAGCUGCCCAGAGAGCCUGAACCUAACAUGGAUACAGUGGACGCCACUGUGGAGAGGCUCCGGGAACAGUGCCUGUCCCGAGGGGCCUCUGGCAUCCAGGGCCUAGCCAGGUUUUUCCGCCGCCUGGACCAGGACAGGAGCCGAUCCCUGGAUGCGAGGGAGCUUCAGCAGGGCUUGGCUAAGCUGGGGCUGGCGCUGGACAUGGCUGAGGCAGAGGGUGUGUGCAGGCGAUGGGACCGUGACGGCAGUGGGACGCUGGACCUGGAGGAGUUCCUGAGGGCACUCCGGCCCCCCAUGUCCCAGGCCCGGGAGGCGGUCAUUGCAGCUGCAUUCUCCAAGCUGGACCGCAGUGGGGAUGGUGUGGUGACCGUGGAUGACCUUCGGGGGGUGUAUAGCUGCCACGCCCACCCCAAGGUGCAGAGUGGGGAGUGGACUGAGGAGGAGGUGCUCCGCCGCUUCCUGGACAACUUUGAUUCCUCUGAGAAGGACGGGCAGGUAGGUGCCUAUGGGGUCUCCCUAGCUCCUCCUGCCCUAGAUUUCCAUUCCUACUUAGAACCUGUCUGCCCCCAGGUCACCCUGGCUGAAUUCCAGGACUAUUACAGUGGUGUGAGCGCUUCCAUGGACACGGAUGAGGAGUUUGUGGCCAUGAUGACCAGCGCCUGGCGACUGUGAGCAGCAUGCACUCAGCUGGCACCACUGUAGCAUAGGACUCCACCAUGGCACCCCCCUACCCCCGAGUUUCCAGCUGGGUAGCCCCAGGGCUGGGGGCUGAAGGGAAGCAGGAUUGAGGCUGCAGAACUGGUUGGACCAGGUCUGAGCCCCCCCCCCCCCCCCCCCCCGCAUUAGGCCACUGUAGAUGCCCACCCCCACCUGUCACCCUGUUCUGCUCAGUUAAUCCUUGACUCUGUUAGAAUUCCCAUCCUGUCCCUCCUUCAUGGUUCCUGGGAAGCCAGGAGGCCCCUGGAUGUGAUAUGGGUGUGGGGAGGGAAGCAAAUGGCUCUUCUAUGAAGCUAGGCUCUGCACUGAAGUGGCAGGUGUUGGAAGGCGUGGAGUGUGGGGUAGGGGCCCAGGGCAGCAGGCAGGCCAGGCUGCUGGAGGAGCCUUACCUUGGGAGGCAGAGGUCACUCCUGGCCAGGCCCUCGGGCUUCCUGAGGCCCCUGGGGCACA